AUGUUAAUCAACGCCACUACAGCAAUAUCGACCUCUGCAACCCUUUUGGUGCCUUAUUCUACACACCAUGUUCCAAAAUACCACGAAUGGAUGCAAAAUGAGGAAAUCCAACAAGCGACGGCAUCCGAGCCAUUAACUUUGGACGAAGAAUACUCGAUGCAAAAGAGCUGGAGAGAAGACGGCGAUAAAUUGACAUUUAUAGUCUGUUUACCACUCUCGUUACCAAGUUCUUCGUCCUCAGAUAAGAGCAGAGUGAUAGUACCGGAAGAAACCGAUGCGCCGGAGCGUAUGCUUGGGGAUGUUAAUCUCUUCUUACGUUUUGACGACGAGGACGAGGACAGCGUGGUUGGGGAGCUCGAAUUGAUGAUUGCCGAGAAACAGAAGCAGGGAAAAGGGUUUGGUCGGCCUGCGUUGCUGGCAUUCUUACGGUAUAUUCUCUCGAGUCAAGAUGUGAUCGUCGAUGAGUUUUUACGGGCAGGGAACAAGCAGAUCUCCAAGAAAGAAAUUAGUUAUUUCAGUGUCAAGAUUGGGAAAACAAACAUCAGGAGUAUUGCCUUGUUCGAGUCACUUGGCUUUACAAAAGUGACCCCGGAGCCAAACUAUUUCGGAGAAUUUGAGUUGCGCAGGGCUGAUCUAAAUGCAACGAAUCUCGAGCAGAUGCUAGACAGGUUUGAGGUGACUGGCUAUCAAGAGCUCGAAUACAGUACUGAAUAA